AUGGCGAACGAUCAAGACAUUAUUAGCAACAAAAUUCUCGAACUCAUACCUGAUGUCAUCGAGCUAAUACUUAGCAAGCUCCCCUACUAUUAUUUGCCGAGCUGCAGGUUGGUUUGCAAAACAUGGAACAAUGUGAUUUUAAGUUCUAAACAUGAUCCUUCAAUCUCGGCUGCUUCCAACUUCUUGUUUGCCCAUGUUUAUUCCAACAACGGUGAUCGUCCAUCGUUUCGUAAUCUUCAUUGCUUGGAAUUGGAUCCCGACCAUGUGGAAGGGGUGAGGAGUGUGGCUUCAUUCAACUUGCGUCGUAAAUAUUUUCGACGUUCUUUUAUCUCAACUAUUAAUUCGUGCAAUGGGCUCUUAGCUUUUGUGGUCACCAAAAACACAAAGAGGUGGCUUAGCUCGAAUACAGUGGUCAUAUUAAAUCCCAUGACGAAUGAGUACUUUGAAGUUCCUAAGGACGAAUUCAAAGGGAAUUGGCUUACGUGCUCCUAUGGAUUUGGAUUUUGUCCUAAAACGAAGCACUACAAAGUAAUAAGAAACUCCACCGUCGAUGAUAGAAACUCCAUCGUCCAUAAUUACAAAUCAGAGAUUUUUGCUUUCGGGACCCGGCAGGAAUGGACCCGUAUUGAGUCACCGUCCUGUUCUUUUCAUGGAUGUCAUGGUGUUUACUUGAAUGGAGGGCUGCAUUGGGUUGGACAAAAUGAUCUUCGUCGUGAUGUCAUUUAUCGUCUAAACAUGGAAGAUGAGAAGUACGAGCAGAUUCCUUUUCCUAAUGAUGACGGUUAUUUUCCUUAUAUUAGAGUAUUUAAUGGCGCCCUCCAUCUGACUCUUUCCAUGGAGGAGUACGAAUACAGAAUAUGGAAGAUGAAAGAAGAUGGUUCGUGGAUUAAAUCAUUUAGUGUUAUCAUACCAACAAAAAAUGUUCUUUCUUUCUCAAAAUCAACCGUGGAACAGAUUAAAACAGGUAAAGAUGGAAAGAUCUUGUGUCUUUGGGCUGGAGCUCAAUUAGUGUUGUAUGAUCCCAAAACCGAGAAGAUGGAAAAGUUGAUGGAUGAUACAAUUGUGAGGAAUUUUUCGGUUCACAACAUUGACUGCUUCAAUUUUAAUGCUUUUUCAGAUAUUUUGACUGUAAAUUUUGAGUCUAAUUGA